CUUCUCCUCAGAGUUGCAUUGCGGAAAACGAAGAAACGAAGUGCGGCAAAAUAUUUGCAUCAUACGUGUAGAAGUUUUAUGAGUUAGCGUUUGCGUCCUGUGCUCGGCUAAUUCAUCCCGUCUUCUGGUUCGCCCCGUUUGCCGACAAAGGCCAGCGGCUUAAACGACUUUCGUCCCGAUUAACAACCCGGCAAACGGCAGCCCAGGCGGCGAGUUGAUAGCCAACCAAACCAGAAUCCGCCGGAGUGAGAGAAGCAGAGAGCAUAGCAAGAGCAUCAUCAGCACCAGCAGUAGCAUAGUGAAUCGAAAGAGUACACGGGUUUUUGCUUUGACAUUCUCGGAGAGCGAGAGCGCGCCAGCUACAGAGAGUCCACAUUCACAUCAUCUCGACGUGUACCGGUGGUGUCGAUAGAAGGAUCAUCAACCGCAGAGAGGCAAACGCACAUCGAAGCUGCCAUCAUGACGUUCAGUUUCACGCUAGCGUUCUGUCAAAGGAGUGUGGCCGCCAGUCGGGGCACUAGUUUGCUUCGUCCCGGUAGUUUCAGCAUUGGACGAGCGGCCUCAACCCUACGCCAAUCGCUUCCAACUCGAUUAGCACCGGCAGCAUCGGUAACACCGACUACAAUCAAUCUUCAUCGUCAUCCGAUCAGCCAGCUCCAGUGCAGCACUAUGGCUACGACGGCCUGCUCCCAGCAGCAGCACCAGCGAUGUGUCUCCAUCGAUAACAUCAAUCCGGCAAUCAAAACCAUGGAGUACGCAGUCCGCGGUCCGCUGGUUGCCCGCGCUGCUGUGAUUGAGAAGGAGCUGGAAGAGGGCGCCAGCAAACCAUUCAAAGAGGUGAUCCGCGCGAAUAUCGGCGACUGUCACGCCAUGGGUCAGCCACCGAUUACCUUCAUUCGGCAGGUACUAGGGCUUGUGUCUUACCCACCUUUGUUCGACGACCCAAAUAUUCCAGCGGACGCAAAGCAGCGUGCCCGUGGCAUCCUUGCUGGCUGCAAGGGAGGUUCGGUCGGUUCCUAUUCCGAUUCAGCUGGCAUCGAGGUGAUUCGGCGACAUGUCGCUGAAUAUAUCCAGCGGCGUGAUGGUGGCAUAGAGGCCGACUGGCAGAACGUGAUCCUUUCAGCAGGAGCAUCAGGCGGCAUCAAGGUAUUGAUGGCGUUGCUACGCUGCCCGAUUGAUGGAAAGAAGCCGGGAGUGUUGAUUCCAAUUCCGCAAUAUCCGCUGUACUCGGCAACGAUUGCCGAAUUUGACAUGGAACAGAUCGGCUAUUAUCUGGACGAAUCGAACAAAUGGGGCCUAGAUAUCGGGGAGCUCGAGCGUUCCCUUGCGGAGGGAAGAAAGGUGGCGGCUCCGCGCAUCCUGGUCGUGAUCAAUCCUGGUAAUCCUACCGGCCAGGUGCUAUCGCGGGACAACAUUGAGCAGAUCAUCAAGUUUGCGCAUCGCGAGCGGUUGGUGCUGUUCGCCGACGAGGUUUACCAGGAUAACGUUUAUGAAUCGGGCUCUCGGUUCCACUCGUUCAAAAAGGUGAUGAUGGAAAUGGGAGAGCCUUACAACAAGAUGGAGCUGUGCAGCUUCAUGUCCUGCUCAAAGGGAUACAUGGGCGAAUGCGGCAUCCGGGGUGGUUAUGCCGAAAUUGUUAACCUCUGCCCAGAUGUACGCGCCAUGCUGCUCAAAUGCAUUUCGGCCCAGCUGUGUCCAACAACGGCCGGCCAAGCUGUGCUAGAUUGUGUGGUGAACCCCCCACAGCCAGGUGAACCGUCGUAUGAGCAGUUCAUAAGCGAGAAACAGAAGGUGCUCGAUUCGCUGAAAGAUCGCGCCGAACUUGUCGCUAACACCUUCAACUCCAUCGAAGGAUUCUCGUGUAAUCCGGUGCAAGGUGCGAUGUACGCAUUCCCUCAAAUUCGGCUUCCCCCGAAGGCUCUGGAAGCAGCCAAAAAGGAUGGUAAACCAGCGGACACAUUUUACGCAUUCCGGCUCCUGGAGGAAACAGGUAUUUGCAUUGUUCCUGGCUCAGGGUUUGGUCAGCGUCCCGGUACGUAUCACUUCCGUACAACCAUCCUACCGCAGACGGAAAAACUGAAGGAGAUGCUCGGACUGUUCAAAGCAUUCCACGAGAAGUUCCUCCAGAAGUACAAGUAAAACAUACCGAAAGGGGUAAAAGUGCCACGAGAUGUUAUAGAGUAGAGCAAGGAGCGUGUUAUGAUCGUUGCAUUAAGAGCUUAAAAAGCACUUCAUAUCUCAGCUUUCGGUUAGCGGUCAAUUGUGGAAGAACAUUACUUUUCAGUGCAGAUCAUAGAUCAGAUCAUAUCGACGGUAAUUAAAGCAACAUUAGAAAGAUAUGCUCAAGGUAUUAUCACUAAGAUAGCGGAAAAAAUCGUUUGCUGUUAGGUUUCCUUCUCUAACAGGACCUUGUUUGUUCUACUACAAAGCUUGCUAUUGUGUAUUGCUUAUUGCUACCACCUAUAAUGAAAGCAUCUGCGACUACUAAAUUGCACGCCGCGGUGCCGCGGUGCAUCUCCCAUUUGAUAUUCACUAUUUUACAACAAAAAUCGAGCAUUUGUUGAGAGUUUGUGUAUGACCGAUGUAUUCACAUUCACAUAAUUAAUCCAUUGAAAAGAAAUGUCUUCGUUUAACUCUGCCAGCAUGCACAUAUCACUUACGCUCGAAACUGUGUAUCUUUUUCAAAGGUAUUCUCUUGUUUCCUGGAUUAUAUUUUUAAAUUGACAUAACACCCAAAAAACCAAAAAACCCAAAAUCUUAAAAAAAAGUCAAGUCGAACUUCAAAACUGCAAAGUUCAACAGAUAUAAUUCUAUUCCAAAUUGACCCAAUCCAAUGGUAUCUAUCUAAUUUUUGCAUGAGGUAACCAGGAAAAAUAAGAAUUCAUAAGAUGUCGGUACCAUAUUGUUGAUGUUUCUUCUAUAACUUGUUAAUUGGCAAGCAAUAACCGUAUAUAUAUAUAAGCUAGCAUCAGGCAGAAGAGUGUAAGUAGGCGUCCAUUACGGUGCUACAUACAGUUUGACAUCAAAAGUAUUUGUCCCAAUUUUAACCAAUUGUCGGUAGCAGAAAAAGUAAAAGAGACAAUAAUUUUUGGACGAACGAUUUGGUCUUAGCUAUUACAAUUCUGACGAGAUAAAAAGACGGAAUCUCGUCUAAAAUUGAGCGGGAUAUAAAAUAUGAUGUAUAAAAUUACUCCAUCGAUUACAAAAUUACAAAAAUCUUUUCAACUGCGCUACUCCAUCACAUCACAUGAAAACGGCGUUCAAAACACACCCAACCCACUGCCAAUUACAACUGCUUGUUACAGCAAAGCGUAUAAUAGCAGCGUGUGUUUUAAUUUUGCUUGGCGUUUUUCCAUCUAUAUGUUCUAUUCAGCAAGUGUUCAUAGGACGAACAAUUGGCUGAAAAAAUAUUGGAAAAUAAAAAGUGUAUAUUUAGCUUGUA